GGGAGCCGGCCCGGCUCGGACCUGGAGGAGGCCCGGCGCACGUAGCCUUCCUAGCCCUCGCCUGGGGCUGGGCGCUCGGCCUGGAGCAAACGCGCUUGUUUGUUUACCUCUCGCCUUUAAAAUAUUCAGACGGAGACAUGUAUUUAUCCAACGCUUUGCAGAAGGAGGUUAGCUGAGGAAGGGGAGGCGGACACGGCAGCGGGAAGAAGGUGUCUGAAUCUUUCGUACUCUCGGUUUUCUUUCCCCGGUACUUUGAUUUCAUUCGGACAUUGCCGGCGUUGGUUUUUGUUUUUGUUUUUUUUUAAUAUAGUGUCAGUUUGUUGGAUUAAAAAUUCAGGAUGAAUUGUGCAUAAUCGGGUGUUUCCCUGAAGUACAGAAAUCUUUUUCUGGGGUCAGAGUGGCGGUGAGCUGGGGUGUGCAGCUGUGGGAGCAGGGCUUUGAGGCAGAGGCCUGGCAACGCCGGUUUAGCACCAAUAGCUUUGUCUAAAAGGUGUUUUCCACCCCAGCUCGCGCUGCCCCUUAUGACCUCUUCCGUUUAUAAAUCCUUUCAUCCAAUUUGUUUAAGUGUCUUAAGCAAAGACCUCUUCAUUCCCCCCCCCCCGUAUGAUAAUGAGCAUUACUUGGUGACAAGUCAGCCUGGAAUCUGCACCCCCCCAAAAAAAGUAUAGGAAGGAAGGAAGGAAGGAAGGAAGGAAGGAAGGAAGGAAGGAAGGAGCGAGCUCCAGCCUUGGAGAGGUUACAGCUUAGAACCGUCACCUCGGCACCAGCAAGGCUCCCUGUGACCAGGCCAGCCGCUAUUGUGCCUGGUCUCUCCAUGGCCCCAACAAAGAAUUCAAAUUAUCGCGAUCUCUUGGGGAGGGUGGUGUGUCUGGGGCCGACAGAGAUUUGCCUGUGUGUACGGGGUGGGGAGCCGGUACCUGGGACCAGGGUUCCCCAGGACAAGGCCUGCACAGAGGGCAGAAGAGCUGCUGGGGCCCAGGCCGCUUCUGCAGCACCUGGCGACUGGCAUCUUCCCUGUCUGCCUUCCUCCCUGGCCUAAGCCCAACACUGCUUCCAGAGGGCUCUGUUGGUGGCCUAGAGCCUCCAGAAAGAAGGAUGUGUGCGAAGGUGGGGGGGGGGGGGCUGCUGGACCCCUCCCCCUAAGUUCAGCUUCUCAGGCCCUUCUAGAAGAAGCACCCAGAUUUCCCUUUAGGGGGCCCCCAAUAUGUGGGCUUUGACUCAGUCUCCAGGGGGCCGAAGACAGGUGUGGAGGGCAGCUGAGCCCAGCCACUGGUGGUCCUCAGGCCAGACGGUCAGCACCAGGCCAGGCAGGCUGCUUAGAACAGGAGCUGUGAGAAGCCAAGAGGGGCGACGAGGGGCUGCUCCUUGCGCGCCUCCCGACCAGGAACCAGAAGCCCUCAGGGGCCAGACCGGCCGUACCCAGCGAAGGGGCAGCUCCCAGUUCCCUGAGGUCUGGUUCCAAAACCGCCGGGCCAAGUGGAGGAAGAAGGAGAACACCAAGAAGGGCCCGGGGCGGCCGGCUCACAACUCACACCCCACCACGUGCAGUGGCGAGCCGAUGGACCCGGAGGAGAUCGCGCGCAAAGAACUGGAGAAGAUGGAGAAGAAGAAGCGCAAGCACGAGAAGAAGCUGCUCAAGAGCCAGAGCCGCCACCUGCACUCGCCGGGCGGCUUGUCCCUGCACAGCGCCCCCAGCUCGGACAGCGACAGCGGCGGCGGCGGCCUGUCCCCCGAGCCGCCCGAGCCGCCGCCUCCUGCGGCCGCGGCCAAGGGCCCGAGCGCGCACGCCGCCGGCGCCGCGGGUUCCGCGCCCGCACCGCCCGGCGAGCCACCCGCGCCCGGCACCUGCGACCCCGCCUUUUACCCGAGCCAAAGAAGCGGCGCAGGCCCGCAGCUGCGGCCGGGCCGCCCCGCGGACAAGGACGCCGCCCCGUGUGCGCCUGGGGCGGCGGCGGAACGCGGCGCCGCCGGCCUGCCGAAGGCCAGCCCGUUCAGCGUGGAGAGCCUGCUGUCCGACUCGCCGCCGCGCCGGAAAGCCGCCCCCGCCAACGCCGCCGCGGCCGCCGCCGCCGCCGCCGCCGCCGCGGCCGCCGCCGGGCUGGACUUUGCGCCCGGGCUGCCGUGCGCGCCGCGGACCCUCAUUGGCAAGGGCCACUUCCUGCUCUACCCCAUCACGCAGCCGCUCGGCUUCCUGGUGCCACAGGCCGCGCUCAAGGGCGCAGCGGGUCCGGAGCCGGCGCCCAAGGACGCGCCGCCCGCACCCGCCGCGCCGCCCGCGCCGCCCGCUCAGGCCAGCUUCGGGGCCUUCCCGGGGCCCGGCGGCGCUCCGGACUCGGCCUUCGCGCGCCGCAGCCCCGACGCCGUCGCCUCCCCGGGGGCCCCGACCCCGGCGCCCUUCCGGGACGCGGCCGUGGCUGCGGCCGAGGGCGGCGGCGGGGAGUGCGCGGAUCCGGGGACCGCCGGCCCAGCCGCCCCACUGCCGCCGCCUCUCGCGCCGUCGCCCGGGCCGGGCCCGCGGGCUCCCAGCCCUGCCGGGGAGCCUGCUUUGUGCGGGGCCCCAGAGCCAGGCGCCGAGUCCGGACCCAGCGCGCCGCCCGAGGGCGACGAAGUGGACAUGGACUGAGGGGCGGCCCGCGCCGCUCGCUCAGGCGCGACUCACACAACGAAAUCAGGUGAUCGGCUUAGAAACCCUGCUUUUCCCUCUUUCUUCUGUUUUCUUCCUUUUAUGGUUAUUUUUUA